AUGGAUGGUAUCAUUGAGCAGAAGAAUAUGCUCAUGCACAGUAAGAUCAACGAUGCUGGCAAGAGGAAUGGCUUAAUUAACACCAGAAACUUCAUGGCUGAGAGCAGAGACGGCCUGGUGUCUGUUUACCCAGCACCCCAGUAUCAGAACUGCCGGCUGCUGGGCAGUGCAGCAGCAGCCACCCUGGACAGCGGCAGGAGUGAGCCAGUCCAGCAGCUGCUGGACCCCAACACCCUGCAGCAGUCAGUGGAGUCCCACUACCAUCCUAACAUCAUCCUCUACUCCGAGGGCAUGCUGCGCUCCUGGGGGGAUGGCGUGGCUGCCGACUGCUGCGAGACCACCUUCAUUGAGGACCGCUCACCCACCAGAGAGAGUCUGGAGUACCCCGAUGGGAAGUUCAUUGACCUCUCAGCUGAUGACAUCAAAAUCCACACCCUCUCCUAUGAUGUGGAGGAGGAAGAGGAAUUUCAGGAUCUGGAGAGCAACUACUCCAGUGAUACAGAGAGCGAGGACAACUUUCUCAUGAUGCCUCCCCGGGACCACCUGGGUCUCAGCGUCUUCUCCAUGCUCUGCUGCUUCUGGCCUUUGGGCAUUGCAGCCUUCUACCUGUCCCACGAGACCAACAAAGCCGUGGCCAAGGGGGACUUCCACCAGGCCAGCACCAGCUCUCGGCGGGCCCUGUUCCUGGCUGUGCUCUCCAUCACCAUCGGAACUGGCAUCUACGUGGGCGUGGCCGUGGCCCUCAUUGCCUACCUCUCCAAGAACAAUCACCUAUGA